UCCCUGCCUCUUGAGGCCCUUUUCCCUUGUUCUUUAUCAUCUUCCAUUGGGAACUGUUACCAGCAUCUUACAACAACUAAUGAACCUACCUCACAGUGCAACGGUGACCGCAGCUGCCAAUCUCCACCUCACAGCAGUUCUCCAGAACAAGUUUGGCCUCUCUCUGCUAUACUUGGUCUUAAGUCGAGGAGAGGAGUUGCAGAGUUCAGAUUCUGCUACAGAACUCACACAAGAUAAUCAGUGGACGGAAGUGAUGAUCAUGGCAAUUAGGGAGUUUCUUCGGAUCCCUCAGGCGGUCUUGGCUAAGCCAGUGUCUACGCCCUCUAAUCUUUUAUCGCUCUUCUCUCGCUAUGUUGAUCCGCAAAAGCUGAAUGUGCUAGAGACAAAAUUGCAGUUGAUCCAAGGAAUACGGUAGAAGGCCUCAAGAGUGUUGUCAUGCUGGUGUCCAUCAUUGCUGUCCCUCCAGCAUCUUUUAGUGGGCAAAGAGGAGGCAGUGCCUUCUUCAUAUAAAUCCUUAUGGGAUUAUGUCUCUGGCCCAGCACAGAAGAUUGCUCUCUUGCCCGGAGCUUGGUUGGGGUGGUGCUUUCCCUUCUGCAUGCCCUUGUUGCAUUGAAUUCUACCCAAGCUCCGCCAUCCUUUUCCUUAGCACUUUUGCAAUGGCUUCUCCUCCCUACACAGACCCCUCUGCCCACUACACUACUGAUGGACUAUUAAAGAAAAGAGACCCUUCCUGUAUCACUGCUAAGAACACAGAGCCGAGGGGUAGUGGUGUCUUUUUAUUGUGGAAGUGGGGAGGCCUGGUGUUUCUGUGCCUCUUGAUAACGUUGGAGUAUGUUUUUAGAUGAUGGGAAUUCCUCUUGAUUGACCCACUGAGUCUAUUUUCUGCUCUUCCUGUGGUAGAUGCCGCCUUGUAGUGCUGCCCAUUCCCUACAAAGUAGUCAUCUUUCUGAACCUUGUGAUGAAGCAACAUCAUCUUUGCACACGUGUCUAGUCUUCCCAAGACUCAUUUUCUACCUAAGCUUGUCUCUGACCUGCACCUUGCUUCAAGCUGGCCAAGAUCUCCCUGUGUAGACUAACCGACAAGAUACCAGGAAUGAAUUCCUCUAGAGCAGAUUAAUCUUACUGAAUUUUGGUAUCAUACAUUGCUAAGUCCUGCUGGGUUGUCUUUUUAUUUUUAUUUUUUGAAUGUGGUGAGGUUUUUUGUUUUGUUUUUUUAAUUUUUACUCUGUUUUUAAAAACAAUUUGCACAUGUAGGUAUCCUCUAAGCAGUGAACUCCUGUUACUAACUGGCUGCUUCUCCACAGUAUUCUCUUCCCCUAUUUGCCUCUUGAAACCACAUUCUACUGGACAUUUCACCCCUUCCUUGAGCCUUCUGCCCCCACUGUUACUCCUUUCAGUAUACACGAUCAAGUGGUCCAUUAUUAUUGUGCUUUUACUUUUUGGUUUGGUUAUGAUUAAUGAAAAUUUCUAAAUUUACAUUUUUAUAGGGUAUUGUAAAUAAAAAAAAUCUAUACU